AUGGUUGUGGCAGAGAGCGCCGAGCAAAUGGAAGAGAUGAUGAAGGAACUGCUGAAGGCUAGCAAAACGAUUGGCCUCCACUUGAAUGCUCAGAAGACCAGAUUAAUGACAAAUUCCGAAAAAAUAAGGGUAGAAAUCGACUGUGGAAUUCUUGAUUAUGUGGAAGACUACGAAUAUCUGGGCCAGGUUAUAUCGUUUGUCAACAGAUCUGUGAAAGAAAUCAAGCACAGAAUUGAUAAAGGGUGGAAGAAAUAUUGGGCACUGAAACGCAUCUUCAAGGGCAAUUACUCAAAUAAUUUGAAAGGAAAAGCGCUAUCCAUGUGUGUCUAUCCGACGAUAUUGUAUGGCUCGCAAACAUGGGCGCUCACAGAGUACUUGGACAGGAGGUUGGAGACCACACAAACGAAAAUACUGCGUAGCAUUCUUCGCAUGCGGCUGAGUGUACGUUCAAGAAACACUGAUAUAUUGAGAAGAGUGCGCGUCAAAUACCUACAACGAGAGGCGCACAUAUUGAAGUGA